GACGCGAUAGGAAAUUUAAACCCACAAAACGAAAUCAAGAUACCUAGGCUAGCCUAGGCCUAGAUCGAUUUUUAAUGGAAUUUGGAUAAUUACCUUUCUUUCUGGUUUCUAUUGAUUAUUAAGUACUACUACUCUCGUGUGUUACGUAAGGUUGCAAGAUUCGUCAUUGGAGUUUGAUGUGAUUGACAAUAUCUCGGUAGUUUCUGCCACGCCCACAGUUGACUCAUUGUUCUAUGGAAGUGUUACACUAGCUGCUAUCUGGAUUUAGAAGCAAUGAAUUCAGUCAAAAGAAUUCCAUUACUAAUAAAAGGGAUCAACAGUCCAGUCCUGAGAUCCCUGAUUCAUUUAGGAAACCUUUCCAACACAUGUCAAUACCAUCCAGGUCUAUGGGAGUACUCAGCAUGCAAUCCAUACUCUUUGAAUUCAAGUCCUGAAUUAAAGAGCAGGACAAAUGUCACUUUGACUACCCAUUGCUCUUGUCAACCCUGUAGUGGAGUUGUGCAUUUGCAAAUGAGAGCCUUGCAUGUGUCCAGACGCUGCUCUGCUGGACACAAUAAAUGGUCAAAAGUCAAACAUAUUAAAGGACCUAAAGACCAGCAAAGAGGAACAAUGAUUUCCAAGUUGGUAAAACAAAUCCGUAUUGCCAUUAGAGAUGGUGGCCCAAACCCUACUUCUAAUUCAGCUCUUUCGCAUGCAAUCAAUGUAGCCAAGGAAAAAGGAGUACCAAAAGCAACUAUUGAAAAUACUUUAAACAAUGCAUCAAAAUCAAAGAGCUAUGGUACCGUCCUGGAAGCCAAGGGUCCACUAGGGUGUCUCUUUUUGAUUGACGUGUCUUCAGAUCAAGUCUUAAGAACGAAAGCAGAACUAUCCAAGAUCCUCAACAAACAUGGAGGUAGUAUGCUAGAUUCAGGAGGUGCCACUCGGGCAUUCUCUAAAAAAGGAAUUCUUAAAGUCCCGGCACAGACGUCUGAGCAUAAUCUGUCCGAGGAGGAUGCAAUGGAUGUUGCUAUAGAAGCUGGAGCAGAAGAUGUAGAAUUAACAGAAGACGAGGAUAGCAAGAUGUCAUUUAUGUUCUACUGUGACCCUAAAGACAUCAAAGAAGUACGCACUAAUCUAAUUUCAUUACAGUACGUGCCCGAUUCAACAAAUAUAGACUAUAUAGUAGAGAAUGCGCAAAGCCUUGAUAGUAGUACUUUGGAGAAAGCAUCACGACUAGUAGAAGUCUUGGAAGAGAAUCAAAAUGUUAUGAGGGUGUACCAUAAUAUUGCAGCUGAGGAGGAAAGUUGACAUGGCCUGCAAGUACAAUCUCAUUGGUGCAUCUCAUAGUCGUAUGACCAGUGUAUUUUAAUAAUGAAUGCAGGAUUACAGUUAGCAACAAACAAUUAUGCCAUGAUUAUAAAAUAUAAUCAGGAUGAAGCAAUUAAAUCAGUAGAGAGGCCACUUUCCUGAUGUUGUAUGCAUUGUCUUGAUCGCUUUAAACCCUGAGGGGAAUUUCCUGACCACUAGUUUGUGUGCAUAAAGAAAUUAUGAACGAUAAAAAUUAAACAUUCUACUGUAUAACAA